AUACGAACCACUGUCUGCGCGCAACGUCUAUCACAGAAUUAGAUAGAUCGGGAUUUGAAGCUCGACAUAUCAUGUCCAUGUCUGGCCAUCAGUCUGAAAGUAGUAUCCGAAGUUAUUCAGCUCAUGUUGAUGAUAAGAAAAAGCUAGACAUGGCAAUGUCAAUUUCAAAGGUAAUAACUGGAGAUUCUAUUCAUGCUGAAAACAGCGCCGCCACUUUACGCACAGGUAGCAAAUCUUCCUCUGCCAUGUCACCUCUGCAAGAUGACGAUGUAGCUGAUUCCCACUUUCAAGGUAUGGAUUUUCUUGAAAUCACAGAUUCACAGGAACGAAGGCUUCUAGAAACAUUCGUUACACAUGAAACAAGAACAACAAACCUCAACAUGUAUCAGGAAAAAGAAAACCGCCCUGCAAUGAUUCAGCCAGCCCCAAUUAUGCAUAUCAACAACAGCAGUGUUAAUGUACACUAUCAUUAUUAUUGA